AUGUCUGAAGUACAACUUGACAGCAAUCCAGAGCUUGCAAAAAAGUUCUACAACAGAACCUUGGAAAAGUUGGUGGAAAUCAAUGUUCCAGAAGAAACCAGAGGCGAUAUCGCUGAAUUCAUCGUGAUGUUGGUUUCCAACAACAAAAGCCCACAAGAAAUUAUAGAAGAAUUAUCUGCUAUUUCCGGAGACUCUAUUAGCGUGGAAUUCAUCUCAACAUUGUUUCAAGAUUUAGAAGCUUUGAAGAAUGCAGGCUUACAACAGCAGCUGGCGGAGCUUCAACAGCAGCAGCAGCAGCAGCAACAACAACAACAACAACAAUUUACAGUAGGUGCCGCCCCAUCGCCAUUUACUGGAGUCAGUCAGUUCGCUAGUGUGGAUUAUAAUGCUGGCGGCCCAUUUGCUAAUGCUGCCCCAAUGAGAUACAAUAACAAUAAUGAUCCUAAUGGGGGAUUUAGACAAAGAAAUCAGAGAUUUGGUCUUAAUAAUAACAAUAAUGGCGGGGGUAUACGCAAGCAUCAAAAUAAUGCUGUCAGAAAGAACUUUGGGGGAAAUGCAGGCAAUGCUCUUCAAUUACAAAAAGCCUUGGCUGAUUUGCUUAGUGGCAAGGAUCCGACCAAAAAGAAGGUGCGUUGCAAAAACUUUCCACACUGUACCUUCAAAGAUUGUAAAUAUGCUCAUCCAACCAGAAUGUGCUUUCAAUUUCCAAACUGUCCUAAUACAGGGGGCACCUGUACGUUCUUGCAUCCAGGUGAGGAUGAUGCCUUGAUGGCCGAAUUCGAAAAAGUUAAGGCUGAAGCUGAACAAAGAAGAAUUGAAAACAAUCAAAAGAUUGAACAACAAAACGGGAUUGGUCUUUGUCAUAAGGGUGCCAACUGUGUGAACCCAAGUUGUAAAUAUGGACAUCCAACCAGAGCCAAUGAAAGUAACGAAGUCAACGUGUUUGAAUGGUGUGCUAAUGGAAUUAAUUGCGCUGAUGCAGGUUGUCAUAAGGCCCAUCCAUCAUACAAGACUAAAGAAGAAGUCUAUGGUCCACAAACCCACUAUAAUAAUAGAAAGUCAAACAACCUUGCCAAAUUAGCUUCAUUGAUUUCUAAUCCUGCUGCCGUGCAACAGACCCAGGAAAAGUCUUUGGAACAGUGUAAAUUUGGCUCAAGAUGUAUGAAUCCAAGAUGUAAAUUCAGGCAUGCUAGUACUUCAGUGAUGUGUCGUGAUGGUGCUAAUUGUACUAGAAUUGAUUGUUACUUCUCCCAUCCAUUGAGCCAGGACUGCAAAUAUUCUAUCAACUGCAAAAACAAGUACUGUCUUUUCAAGCACCCUCCAGAGAGAGAUGAAAUGAUCAAUAAACCUUUGGUGUGGACUGCUGAUGGUAGCAAUGAUGAUACUAAGAUGAAUACCACCAAUGAAAGACAAUUUGCUGUCGCAGAAGGUGAAGUUUUGGAAAAAGCACCAGUGCAAGAAGACUCUUCCAUGGCCACUUAA